AUGGCAGACAUCAAAAUUGACAGCAAGGUGUUCCAGGAGCGCCUGUCGCACUUCAUCAAUGCCUGGAAGGCCGACAAGCGAUCCGGCGACGCGGUCUUCGGAGGCGUCUCCUCCAUCCUGAUCAUGAUGGGCAAGGUUGAUGAGGAACCCGAAUUCCACAAGAACAACGCCAUGCAUUUCUGGCUUCUCGGCUACGAAUUUCCCACGACAUUGAUGCUUCUCACCCUCGAUACGCUCUACAUCCUGACCACGCAGAAAAAAGCGAAAUACCUUGAUCAAAUCAAAGGCGGCCGAUUCCCUAUAGAGGUGCUCGUGCGGGGAAAGGAUGCCUCCGAAAACGAGAAGCUGUUCCUCAAGAUCACGGAUGCUAUCAAGGCGGCAGGUAAGAAGGUUGGCGUUCUCACCAAGGAUACCUCCAAGGGCCCAUUCAUCGACGAAUGGAAGAAGACCUUCGCCGAUAACUGCAAAGAUGUCGAGGAAGUCGAUAUCGCCCAGGCUUUGUCCGCCGGCGCCUUUUCAGUCAAGGAUGAAGCAGAGCUUCGGGCGAUGCGGACGUCAUCCAAGGCGUGCGUCGCGCUUCUCACUCCCUACUUCCUCGACGAAAUGUCCAACAUCCUCGACCAAGAUAAGAAGAUCAAGCACAGCGCGCUUGCCGACAAGGUGUACAACAAGCUCGCAGACGCGAAGUUCUGGAAGACGGUCGAACUGCCCAACCGUCAGAAGUUGCCUGCCGACUUUGACCCCGAGCAGCUUGACUGGACCCUAGGACCCAUUGUACAGAGCGGCGGCAAGUUUGACCUCAAAUGGCAAACAGAUUCGGAUAACGACCCGCUCCACCCAGGCAUCAUUAUUGCUGCCAUGGGCGUGAGAUACAAGUCAUACUGCUCGCAGAUUGCCCGGACCUUUAUGGUGGACCCCAACAAGUCCCAGGAGAGCAACUACAAGUUUCUGCUUGCCGUCCAUAACUUGAUCCUGAAAGAGAUUCGGGACGGUGUCGUGGUCAAGGAUGUUUACAACAAGGCCUACAGCCUUAUCAAGUCGAAGAAGCCCGAGCUUGAGAAGCAUUUUCUCAAAAGCGUCGGAUAUGGCAUCGGCCUAGAGAGCAAGGACCCGACUCUGAUUCUCAAUGGCAAGAACACGCGAACGCUCCGGGACGGCAUGACCCUUUGCAUCACCACAGGUUUCAGCGAUGUCCAGAACCCGGACCCCCAGGACAAAAAUAGCAAAGUCUACUCCCUUGUCCUCACCGACACAAUCCGCGUCACGGCCGCGGAGCCCGUGGUGUUCACAGGGGAGGCGCCAGUUGAUGCUGAUGCAACUUCGUUUUUCUUCAAGGACGAAGAGGAGACCCAGCCAACCCCGAAGAAGGAGAAGCGGGAUUCGCGUGUAGGUGCUGUCGCAACCAAGAACAUUACCAGUACUCGAUUACGUUCCGAACGAAAUACAGCACCCGACGAAGAUGCGGAGAAGAGACGCCGGGAGCAUCAGAAGGAACUCGCAGCAAAAAAGCAAAAAGAGGGCCUGAUCAAGUAUGCCGAGUCCACAGCCGACCAGAAUGGCGUCGAAGUCAAAAAGUUCAAGCGCUUCGACUCAUACAAGCGGGACAACCAGCUCCCAGCAAAGGUUCGAGAUAUGGGCAUUGUGAUUGAUCAAAAGAAUGCAACCAUUGUGCUCCCUGUCAUGGGCCGGCCGGUACCAUUCCAUAUCAACACCAUCAAGAAUGCUAGCAAAAGCGACGAAGGGGAGUGGUCGUUUCUACGUAUCAACUUCCUUUCUCCGGGCCAGGGUGUGGGUCGGAAGGACGAGCAGCCGUUCGAGGAUGCGUCGGCUCAUUUCGUCAGAAGCUUGACUUUCCGGUCCACCGACAGUGACCGUUACGCCGAUAUUGCGAACCAAAUUUCGAACUUGAAGCGAGAGGCGGUCAAAAAGGAGCAGGAGAAGAAGGACAUGGAGGAUGUUGUAGAGCAGGAUAAGCUGAUUGAGAUUCGAAAUCGCCGCCCUGCCGUCUUGGACAAUGUCUUCAUUCGGCCAGCGAUGGAAGGCAAGCGUGUGCCUGGUAAAGUUGAGAUCCAUCAGAACGGUAUCCGGUAUCAGUCGCCCCUCAGCACGACUCAGCGCGUGGACAUUCUGUUCUCCAAUGUCCGCCACCUCUUCUUUCAACCAUGCCAGAAUGAGUUGAUUGUCAUUAUCCACAUUCACCUGAAGGACCCCAUACUCUUCGGCAAAAAGAAGACCAAGGACGUGCAGUUCUACAGAGAAGCGACAGAUAUUCAGUUCGACGAGACGGGCAACCGAAAACGCAAGUACCGCUAUGGCGACGAAGACGAGUUCGAGGCCGAACAGGAAGAGCGGCGCCGCCGGGCUGAGCUCGACCGCCUUUUCAAGAGCUUUGCCGAGAAGAUUGCCGAGGCCGGGCGAAAUGAGGGCAUUGAGGUGGACAUGCCGCUCCGUGACCUGGGUUUCAAUGGUGUUCCCAACCGCAGCAACGUCUACAUUCAGCCUACCACGGAGUGCCUUAUUCAGAUCACGGAGCCGCCCUUUAUGGUUAUCACGCUGGAUGAUAUCGAGAUUGCCCAUCUGGAGCGUGUACAAUUUGGCCUCAAGAACUUUGAUCUCGUCUUUGUCUUCAAGGACUUCACGCGCCCUCCGGUGCACAUCAAUACGAUUCCCGUUGAAUCGCUGGAAGACGUUAAGGAAUUCCUGGAUUCUUCCGAUAUUGCCUACUCGGAAGGACCGCUUAACCUCAACUGGUCUGUCAUCAUGAAGACAGUGACAGCAAACACACACCAGUUCUUCCUGGACGGCGGCUGGGGCUUCUUGCAGAACGAAUCUGACGACGAGGACGGUUCCGAAGAGGAGGAGGAGGAGAGUGACUUUAAGAUCAGCGACAGCGAGCUUGAGGAGGCAUCAGAAUCCAGCGAAGAGGACUCGGACUAUGACUCGAACGCGUCGGCCGAGGCCAGUGAUGAGGCCGAGAUGAGCGAAGAGGAGGAGGGCGAGGACUGGGAUGAGCUGGAACGCAAGGCGAAGAAGCGUGACCGCGAAAGUGGCCUUGAUGAGGAGGAUCGCAACAGCAAGAAGAAACGCAAGAGAUGA